UUUGUAUGAUGUUUUUGAAGGUAAAGAUAAUGAAAAUGAAAUAGUCGUUGAAAAUGCAGCAACUGUGCAUGGGGAACCUCCUCAAGAUAAUAGUGGACCACCAAAAGUUGAUUCUGAGGUUGAAACCCCUCGUGAGAAAGUCACAAGGCAAAUUAUUAAGUGCAGUACAGUGCAUGGCUGAAGGCACCCAGCAUAAAUUUGAAGACACGUGACAUGAAUGGCAACCACUGGAACUGGUUUUAGCAAAAGAGAAGAAAGAAAUGGCUGGUGUCUCAAGUAUGAAGUCUGGGGAACGGGCACUGCUACAUGUGGGCUGGGAAUUAGGUUAUGGAGAGGAAGGAAGCUUUUCUUUCCCAAAUGUUCCACCCGAGGCAGAUUUAGUGUAUGAGAUUGGGCUAAUUGGGUUUGAUGAAGUCAAGGAAUGAAAAGCCAGGGCUGACAUGACUGUGGAGGAAAGGAUUGGUGCAGCAGACAGACGAAGGAUGGAUGGAGAUGCUCCGUUUAAGGAGGCCAUGCAGCAGUAUGAAAUGGCCAUAGCAUAUAUGGGUGAUGAUUUCAUGUUCCAGUUGUUUGGUAAGUAUUGGGACAUGGCUCUGGUUGUUAAAAAUCCAUGCCACCUUAACAUGGCAGCCUCUCUGAUAAAGCUCAAGUGCUAUGAAGAAGCCAUUGGCCACUGCACCACUGUAUUGGCAGAGGAUGAAAACAACGUGAAAGCACUGUUCAGACGAGGUAAGACUAGAGCAGAACUUGGCCGUGCAGAUGCUGCCCGGGAGGACUUUCAAAAGGCACGCAAACAUGCACCUGAAGACAAAGCAAUUGCAAGAGUAUUGCGAGCGCUUGCAGAACAUGAUAGUGCUGCUUAUCACAAGCAAAAGAAACUCUAUAAAAGGACUAUUUGUCCCAAGACCUGAACCCAAACCCAAGAGAAGUAAUUGGCUAAUCCUCACAUCUGGCAAUGGCUUCUGUCGCUAUUUUACCGGCUCUUCAGGCGUCAAAGAAUCAAAGAAGGAUUGAUUAACUUGGCCAAAUAUGAAUUGAAGCUGAUCUUGAAUAACUAUUAACGUUUAUCGAUAGUGUUAUUGACAACUUCUUCUCCCUGACAUGUUAAAAGUCUCAGCAAACAAUGCUUUAUCUAUUUAUUUAUUCAUUUUGAAUUGCACCGUGAAAUGAUGAAUAUAUGUGUUUGAAAAGAACCCAAAAAAUAAGAACAGAGGAUUGCC